GUUAUAUCAUUUUGUAGACUUUAGGAAGUGUGAUGGCUGCUUCGUUUUCGCCCUUGGUAGAGAAGGGCGAUCUCGUAUUUAUCUUCCUUGCCUAACCAGUCGCUGGCGAAGGCGCUUCUUUAUUGUCUAUCAUAAAUUUGCUUUUCUUCAUUUUUCGGAUGGUUUUUCUUCUCAUCCAGUUCGGAGCUAUUCUUCUCCUUUAAGUUUAUCCGAGUCAAAGCUUGCUUUUGACAUAUCUUCCUGUAGUAUUGUGUCGCGUCCCAUUUUAGAUGUCUUGGUUAAUAGUCAUCUUCGGAGUCGAUGGUUUCCUUUGGAGGAUCCUCCUCGAGGCUUGGCGGAUCUUUGCUACUCUUUUGUUCAAGGUAUAUUAAUUUGCUUAAGUUCUUUUUAAUGUUUCUUUUGUAGGAUGUCUUCUUCUUCUGACGAUUUCCUUUCCGGAUUUCAAGUAGAUUUGGACGUUCCGAUGGGUGGUCCUGACGUUCCUAUCGCCGACGUUAUUCCUGGCGACAUUGUCGUGGAUGGGGCUCCUGUUGAUAUCCCCCUAGCUCCCGCCGAGGUAGCGUUGCCUGAGGUUAUUGUUAUAAAUGAUGAUGAUGGUGAUGACUCGGCUGUUCCAGUCGACGACGAGGCGAUUCCGUCACUACUCCCCCCUCUAGCAUCAUCUAUCGUUUCGGGGGGAGUUGGGGGUGUGGCCUCAGGGGGGCCUGUUGUUGCUGAUUCGGGGGAGAUUUCUCUAGGUCGAGACCCGGAUUCUCCGUCUAGGAAAAGACGUCGAGUUGUCGAUGAUUCUCCUACGAGGGAGAGUUUUCCUGGAAGCUCUUCUUCUGCUCCAGACUUGGUUCAAUGGGUCGAAGGUCAGGAUCCUGCCAGUUUGCUGAAUCCGAGAGUGCUAGCGGAAUAUAUCCGGACUUUGGCGAUUCCUGAUGAUGUCACGUGGUUCUGUGGUAGGCCGGGUCAGGAGCUUUCCGAUCUGGCUUGUUUUCAUGGUUUCUCUGCCCUUCAAUCUGUUCUGGUAUUGAACGACCGCCGACAGUGUGCCGAGGAGGAGGUCGAGCGUCUGUCUGCUCUUUUGGCGACUUCCGAGUCUGAAAGGGCGAAAUUGAAGGCCUCUUUGGAAGAGCAUGAUUCCCUUCUGGCGCAGCUCAAGGCGCAGGAUGCGAUUAAUGAUCGCCAAGUGAAAGUGAUUGAGAAAAAGACCGAUGACUUGACUCAAGAGAUCGAGGAGCUCAUUCGGAUCAAUUCCCUUGUUGGUGGGGAGAGGGAUAGUCUUAGAACGGAGGUUGAAGGUCUUCACAUCCGUCUGCUAGAUACGAAGGCUUUUUACUCUGCUCUGAUAAGCGAGUAUCGCCUUGCGAUUGGGAAGAAGCUUCUGGAGCAGAAUCCCAAUAUUGAUCUUUCUGGGGUUAACGGGUUGGAUCCCCAGGCCAUCGCCCGUGAUCUCCUCGUCAAGAUUUCUAAAGACCGUGUUUAGUAGUUUUCUUUUGAUUGUAUUUGCUGAUGUAUUAAUUUUGCUUUUUGUAAUUCGCAAUUUAUGAAUAUAUUUUCUUCGUUUUUCUUCGAAA